CAUACCUAACCCCUCACCAAGAGCCUUGGAUUUAUCCAGACGAUUGGUUGAUUGGAUCUUUCCCCGCCGAGGUAUCCAUCUAUGUUCAGCAGACGUCACUCACCUCGGUCAAAUGUGGGGCCAUGUCCACCUCUCCAUCCACGGUGUCCACCGGACAAUGAGGCAACACUACCAAGACUCCAGUGCCAUAUAUAGUCUGCUAUCGAUUUCAUGUUGGGUGCUUCUAAUCGAUUGAGUCAGAUUUCUGGACAGGUUGCAGCUAGACUCCCGAACAAUAAUAACCGGCGCCUCUCGGACAACAACACCAUGGCUAAAAUCCAGUCUCCAAACCAGCUUCCCUGGGAUCCGAACUGUACCCAGUUUCCAUCAAGGAAGGAACUUCCUAAGAUUGAUGGUGCCCCAGAUGGAGCAGCCUGGGUUUGGGGGAAGGAUGAUCAGCUCGGACGGCUCAAUCUGUUGACGCCUCAGCGUGUCAAGGCUGCUGCUGCGGAAAUCACGACUGGAGAGAUGGUUCGAUUGGACCUCCCCCUCAAUGUUCCCGAGACACCCGCUUUUGGCCGGGAGCAAUUCCAACACAACAUCAAGAGUCUGAUUGAUGACAUUGCCUACGAUGAUACGUACACUCUGAACACUCAAAGUGGCACCCAGUGGGAUGGAUUCCGCCAUUUCGCACACAUCGAGACCAAAACCUUUUACAACGGAACAAAAGGCACCGACAUCCUCGGCCCCAACGCCAACACCCACAGCUGCAGCACCCACCACUGGGCCACCCACGGCAUCGCCAGCCGCGGCAUCCUCCUCGACUACCGCCACUACGCGAAAACCCACUCCAUCCCCUACGACCCGUACACCCGACACGCCAUCUCAUUCACCGACCUCCAAGCCUGCGCCCAAUCCCAAGGCCUCGACCUCCGCCCCGCCUCUCUCGGCGGCGACAUCCACCCCGGCGACAUCCUCAUGAUCCGCUCGGGCUUCGUCGAGCGCUACAACGAGCUAUCGCCCGCCGAGCGGCGCUCCGGAGCGCUGCGCGCCCACGACGAUCUGCACUGGGCCGGCCUGAAGCAGGAGGACGCGAUCCUGGACUUCCUGCACGACGGGUACUUUGCGGGUGUGGUGGGCGAUUCGCCGACGUUUGAGUGCUGGCCGCCGGUGGAGGGGCGUGGAUAUUUGCAUGAGAGUGUUCUGGCGCUCUGGGGGAUGCCGCUGGGGGAGAUGUGGGAUUUGGAGAGGUUGGCGGUGAUGUGUAGGGAGAGGGGCAGGUGGUCGUUUUUUGUGACGAGUGCGCCGGGUCACAUUGCUGGAGGCGUUGGUUCUCAUGGAAAUGCGACUGCCAUUCUGUAGGCUUUGAUAAUCCAAAGGAAAGCUAGCCUAUCACCCCGGAUAAGCAAGCUAUAUAUACACCUAGUAUACAUUGCAUAUCCUCAACAAUUGAUGACCCAUUGACAAUAAACAAUAGGAUUGUAUAUGCCUGUGGAGUGCAGCUCAUAUAUACAUUGCAAAUAGUUUAGACUUAACACGGGACUCCAAAGUAAAACUGGAUUACCACACCAUCACUUAUCUACGUGUGUAGGAAAUCAUCUCAUUGCAAG